CGGGGCCACACCUCGGGCCGCCGGAGCCCGCCGCCGAGCAGCGCCCCGGCGGGCCGAGCAGUCCGAGCAGGCUCCAGCCGCGGCCUGCCUGCCGGGACCUGGGGGCGGGGAAGAGGAGAGCCGGCCCCUGACUCACUCUGCCGCCCGAAGCUCCCGGCUGGCUUGGGGGGAGGCCACGCCAAAUUAGCGCCGCGGCCCACCGCUGGAUGAAGAGAGCCCCAAGCCUGGAUGCGGGAGCCAGCGCCAUGGAUUCCUUCAAGGUAGUGCUGGAGGGGCCAGCACCUUGGGGCUUCCGGCUGCAAGGGGGCAAGGACUUCAAUGUGCCCCUCUCCAUCUCUCGGCUGACUCCCGGGGGCAAGGCUGCGCAGGCUGGCGUGGCUGUGGGCGACUGGGUGCUAAGCAUCGACGGUGAGAACGCGGGGGGCCUCACGCACAUCGAAGCCCAGAACAAGAUCCGUGCCUGUGGGGAGCGCCUCAGCCUGGGCCUCAGCAGGGCCCAGCCGGCUCAGAGCAAAGCGCAGAAGGCCCUGGCCCCCGCCGCGGACCCCCCGCGGUACACCUUUGCGCCCAGCGCCUCCCUCAACAAGACGGCCCGGCCCUUCGGGGCGCCCCUGCCCGCUGACAGCGCCCCGCAGCAGAAUGGGUGCAGACCCCUGCCAAGUCAACAGCCUCUCCGGCCGCUGGCCCCGGAUGCCAGCAAGCAGCGGCUGAUGGAGGACACCGAGGACUGGCGGCCGCGGCCCGGGACGGGCCAGUCCCGCUCCUUCCGCAUCCUCGCCCACCUCACGGGCACCGAGUCCAUGCAAGACCCGGAUGAGGAGCACCUGAAGAAGUCAAGCCAGGUGCCCAGGAUGGAAGCCCCAGCCCCUGCCUCAGCUACACCCCAGGAACCCUGGCCUGGCCCUACCACCCCUAGCCCCACCAGCCGCCCGCCCUGGGCCGUGGACCCUGCGUUCGCUGAGCGCUACGCCCCAGACAAAACGAGCACAGUGCUGACCCGGCACAGCCAGCCAGCCACGCCCACACCGCUGCAGAAUCGCACCUCCAUCGUGCAGGCGGCUGCGGGAGGGGGCGCAGGAGGGGGCAGCGGCAGCAACGGCAAGACUCCUGUGUGCCACCAAUGUCACAAGGUCAUCCGGGGCCGCUACCUGGUGGCGCUGGGCCACGCCUACCACCCGGAGGAGUUCGUGUGCAGCCAGUGCGGAAAGGUGGUGGAAGAGGGCGGCUUCUUCGAGGAGAAGGGCGCCAUCUUCUGCCCCCCCUGCUACGAUGUGCGCUACGCGCCCAGCUGUGCCAAGUGCAAGAAGAAGAUCGCUGGCGAGAUCAUGCACGCCCUGAAGAUGACCUGGCACGUGCACUGCUUCACCUGCGCCGCCUGCAAGACGCCCAUCCGGAACCGGGCCUUCUACAUGGAGGAAGGGGCGCCCUACUGCGAGCGAGACUACGAGAAGAUGUUUGGCACAAAGUGCCGUGGCUGUGACUUCAAGAUCGAUGCCGGGGAUCGCUUCUUGGAGGCGCUGGGCUUCAGCUGGCACGACACCUGCUUCGUGUGCUCGAUAUGUCAGAUCAACCUGGAAGGAAAGACCUUCUACUCCAAGAAGGACAAGCCCCUGUGCAAGAGCCAUGCCUUCUCCCAUGUGUGAGCCCUGCCGCUGCCAUGGCUCCGCCGCUGCCAUGGCUCCCCGGCCCGAGCGGCCCGGAGUCACGCCCAGCAUUUCUGGGUCGAGCUGACAAUGGUCGCUCCAACCCCGACUCCCGGCCCGAGCCCAGGGUUCCCUGGGCCCUGCCCCACUCUGCUCACCUCCCCCCACUUCCCCCACUACCAUCACACACCGGUGCUGGCCACACCACCCCUGUUCACCUCCAGUGCCACAAUAAACCUGUACCCAGCUGUG